AUGGACCCCGACGGCAUGUCCAGCCCGCAUCCCUUUGACGACUUUGACCAUGUCCGGCCCUUGCGUCCCAGCCAGGAACUCGACUCGCUCUCGCCCAUCCUCGACCCCGCCGACCCCAACGCCAUAGUCACCGACCCCUUCUCCUCGCGGUCCCAUUUCCAGCCCGAGUCCCAGUCGUCGCACGCCGUCGCCGUCGCUUCCUCCACGGGCUACUUGCCCUCGUCCGACUCAUUCAACACUAUCAGCACCAUCCUCACCACCCACUCCACCGCCAGCUCAGCCCAUACCACCCACACAACAACAAACCUCAACAGCAGCACUGUCUCCAUCCCCACCAGCAGCAGCAGUUCCACUAUCACCACGACCAGCCACUCCAAUGGCUAUGCCAACUACAAUAAUAUCGCCAGUAGCAACAGCAACAACAAUUACAAUUAUAGCAACAGCAAUAAUGGCAACAACAACAACAACAACAACAACAACGGACACACCAAUCCUAAUAUUUCGCACCUCAAUACCCACUCACAUUCAACUCCAACCUACCCUAAUCAUAAUAACACUUAUUCAACCUACUCUCCUCUUGGUCCACCCUUGGCACCAACUCACGCCUCUUCCUCCUCGUCCACAUCAAGCCUUGCAACAACCGCGGCAGCUCGCUUCAGUCAGGCCUUUUCGCCCCUGCUCUCGUCCAGGCGCAAAUCGACUGCUGUCGACCUGCCCUCGACUCCGGACAGUUACAAGACCUUCCCUUACUCUAUCUCUGGGUCUUCUUAUGUCAGCCCAGGAUCACUGCACGCGACAAACGAGGGACUGUACUCUGCCAGUCAGGAACGCCUGUCCUCGGUAGGGCCUUCGGGAGGGUCUGGCCACCACACAUCGACGUUUGAGAGUAAUUUCAGCAAAAUCGCCUCCUUCAGCUCACCACGGUCUUCAGGUCGGACGAGAAAGACGCUUCCUGCGCAUAUCAGCCAUGUCCCUGAAGAGUCUGGCUAUGGAUCGUUCGACACACCGCCGCACACUGCCACUGCCUUCCACACUGGACUUGCCUCGCACUUUGGGACAGGGUCGACAGGCAGUCAAUUGCGGGACGCCCACGAGGGAGGCCACCACAAGGAGCUCACUGGGAAGGGCAGCAUCGUUGGUGGAUCGUCCUCGAUCGAGAAGGCGCUCAAGAAGGCUAAAGUGUUUAUGGAUGAGAAAGCAAAGGCCAAAGCGCGUGCGGCAUCGCUCUGGGCAUUUUUAGAUGUUACGUUCGAGUUUGAUCAGGCAAAGUUCUUUCAGGAACAUGCCGAUCAGGUCUUUGCUGUCACCCACGACUCGUUCUGGCACCAGAUCGAGAAGUUUAAGCAGAAGCCUGACCGCAACAAUGCCCUCCAGAGCAAGGAAGUCCUCGCCAUCCAAAAAACAUUGCUCCUGCUCCGCCUGAUCUUCCUCUACCUGCCCGACAGGAUGAAGAAUGGUUGGCACAGACGCGCCAUCGCAAAUAUGCUUGCACAGGUGCUGGGUCACAAGAACCACCCCAGGAUUCGCAUAUUUGGAUUCCGCCUCCUGCUUCUCUGGGUCAAUGACCAGACUGUCGAAUACCCAGAGGCAAUGUACCUGUUCUCAAACGCCAUCUCCCUCGACCUGUUCAUGUAUGACGGCGAAGACCUAUCUAUCGAUCACGCGAGCUCGUCACAGACAAGGCUACCGCCAAUGAGUAACGGAAGCACCGGACGCAGAAGCGCCAAACAUGUCUCUCAAUACCUGGAUAUGGUCCAUGUGAACCUGAACCAAGAGCUCAUGCUUUCGGAUGGACCUCCUAUUUGCCCCAACCCUGCACCCCCUACUUUUCAGGAUAGUAUCCGGCUGUUCCAAAUCUUUUUGGCGAAUAUUGUCCGCAUGGCUUACGUUGCCGCCGGUUCGACCCCGCCAGCAGGAGAACUUGAGUCGAUCAACUCGCACCACCCCAUCCAGGCCGACGGCGAAAUUGGCGACGGGAUUGCAGUGGGGUUUGGAAUUGAUGCGGGAAUGGCGGCAGCGAGGUUCAUGUUCGAUAUCAUCAAGAAAUACUACCUCGUCAAGGUUUUCCCAGAGUGCGCCCGUAGCCUCCAACUGCUUCGCGACGAACCCAAAGAUUUCGGAUACAAGACUUGUCCACCCACAAUUCUGAGGACUAUUAUCGGUUUUGUGAUCCAGUACUGUCUGGACAGCAACGAGAUCAACUCGCCCCAGACCCAUACUUCACCCGCAACACCCAUCCUCAAGUCCAUCGUCUACUCGUCAGAGGUCAAUCGGGAGAUAAUGCACGAAAUUGUUCGCCAAGGACUCUCUCUGCCACCGAGUCACCCACAGUACAAGGACAUUGUCCGUGGCGCGGUCCAUAUUGUCGGAGUGUGGUGUCUCAGCAAUGAGGAGGAGCGCCCAGUGUUCCUCCGAAGCUCAUCCAACAGAACACAUGGACCCUCGACAUCCUCCUUGGCUUCUCUCGGCGACCAACCAGGACCUCAGCCUGGAUCUCAGUCAGAGCCUUACUCAAACGCCAACUCCUUCUUGCAACGCUACUUCCAGCUCCUGACCAAUGUCUUUGCCGAAACCGCUUUUACUUUCUACGACCACGGCUCCAACUCAUCCUCGGAGGCUUUGGGAUCGAUUGGAAAUCAGACCAAGUUGGACAUGGAGGCGCUUUAUCAUCAGUACAAGGACAUCCUUGGCCUCUUCAGGGCGAUCAUGGCGCGCGGUCAGAUUGAGAUGGAUACCAGGAGUUGGGAAGUUCUAUUAAGCAGCCUUUUGCAGAUUCUCCGUCGCGUCAUGAAUCUCCAGGACCGACUCACUUCACCUAUGCCUGCUUCUUUUGCCGACGAACUGGCUUCCAACGUUGUUGAGACGGUUCUUUGCGCCUAUUCGAGAUGCCCGAGCGUGUCCGACUCCCAAUGGAUUGCGUUGAGAAAGACAAUGGUCGAUUGUCUGCGAUGGCCACAAGUGAUUGCCCAAUGGAUCCGUUGGUCAACUCGUUUGACUCAUGUUCUCGGUCAUGAAGUCUUUCAAGUCGACUUGGAUGCACCUGUAUCACGGCCCUCUCAGCCAUCAACCUCACGGCAUGGACGAAAGAUGUCUGAAAAAUUUCGGCAUUCUCGCUACCUCACCUCCAAAGCAGAGUCUCCAAUGCGCCACUCGAUUGGUGGAGAGCUGCUGUCGACCCAAGGAAUUAAUUAUCCUCAUCAGACAUACCCAUUGGCAGGAGAGCGGUCCCGACGCGCCAAUAGCGUGCAUUAUGAUCCGGCGAAGCAGACCGGCUCAAACUCGAACUUGGCCGGAACGAAUGUGUAUAACCCUUCGUUGCUGGGACACAUAGGCUUCCUUCCGGGUCGGGACCCGGCGCGAGAACACCAUUCCAACUUGAGGAUCGAUGUUGGAGAACUUGACGAUGAUGAGCCUUCUGACUACAUCGGAUCACAUAUUUCGGCACUUGCUGAGGCCACAGAGGGCAACGACGAGAAGUUGUCUCGUGCAUCAUCGCUCUCGUUCCAUGGACCGGACAGUCUGCACUUGGACCCCAUCGUGGAGCGACUUUCAUCGCAGUAUGGCAUUUUUGCGUCGCCAGAAUUUGUCAACAUUUCAAUGAAGGGUCGGUCAGCUGAAAACAUCCUUUCGGUUUGGAAGAACAUUGUCUGCUCCAUUGGUAACCCCAAUUCUAUUCAGAUUCCGCUGGUGAAGACAGAGGUGAUGCUGUGUCUGAUCGACAUUUGGGACUUGUUGAACCAAAUCAGGAACAGUCAGCCUUUGAACGCCACCACCAUUCCACCACUCUACGAUUUCGCGCCUUGGUUCUUUGAAGCCGCCAAAAGCUCAAGCGAUGGCGGAUUAGGGCUGCCAGCUAUCUAUGGCGGCCUUUGUCGCAUGAUGAGUCGUCGAUUCGACCAAGACUUUGAUCCAGAAUACUAUCGACUUUUCUACGAAAGCGUCAUCCAGGGAUUAUUGAUUGAAGACUCCAUGAUUGGACAUUCCAUUCUCGCCAACAGCAGCCGGUUGUUCACACUAUCUCUGCCUGGCAGCCAUACCCUUGUCCUACCGUUUUUGAACGCGAUUCGACAGAUGUUGCUCAAGGAUGGACAUUUGCGGGACGGCGUCAACCACUUUAUACGCAAGCAAGCGAUCGCCAUCCUGUGCUCCGUCAGUAUGCUCUUCUACGACUUUGAACACCGCCCAAACAGUCCAGCAGCAUCAGGCAUCUCUCACCAAAACCCACUCUCGGGAAGCGAUCUCUUGUCGUACAAACUCACCUUCACGCGACUGGUCCUCGACUUGACCUCGGCCGAGGCCUAUGUUAAGCCAUUGGGAAAGUUUUGGGAUACACACAGCAUGCUGAUCCAGCUCUCCGGCAUGUUAGUCGUCAACGAGUGGUGCUCUAGUCUGGCCACCUGUGACAUUGGAGCAGAGAGCGAACUGCUCUUGUUGGUUCUGGAUCAUCUCUACUGGACUGAAGCAAGCAUCGUUCAAAGUGCCAUAGAGGCGAUUACCACUCUUGCGGGGAUGUAUCAGGACCACGAGGACAAUGGAUGGAUUGUUCUUGAAAUGGUUCUGUCACACCUGCUGAGCGCCCUGCAGGAACAUUUGAAGCUGUUCCAGGGCGAUGCGCGGAGAGGGACUAUGAUUGCGUCAUUCUAUCGCUGUGUUGUGGAAUGGCUGAUGGUGAUCCCAGCCAGCAUCUUUUCGGAGACUGAGCUUUCGAAAUGGGUCUUUGAACUUAUUGAGGUCGGAUUACUGUUGGCACCAGAUGCAACUGGAGAGAAUGAGAGGAAGCGAGCACUUCAGGCAGCAAAACAACAACAACAGCAGCAGCAUCAAGCCCAACAACAAAAAUAUCAACAGUUCCGUACUAGCAGGAAGCGAGGACCCAGUUUCAGACACACCGGCAAAUCGAUUCACCAGCAUCAUCGCAUCAUGAUCAGCACAGGCCCUGUUGUCGACAUCGAGAUUGAGCAGCAGACGAUCAAAGAGGCUGCCGAGGCGACGCUUAUACAUCUGGUCCACUUCUUCAACAACGCGCCAGCAUGCAGAGGGUCGGACCGAGCACUUGUCACGUUGGGCAUGGAUCCUUCCAACGAUGGCGUCAGUGGCAGCAUGAAUGGUAGCUCGCCCAAAGUCACCGGAGCAGACGACCACCAACGGAUCUUUGCGCUGAACGAAUCGAUCUUGAUUACCGUCGAGGAGGUUCCGUGUGCACGACAGGGGACGUACAGGACACGAGUUGUGCUUCGGGAUGAAACUGGUCGAUAUGCCUGGGAUUCAGAGAUCUUUUACCGCGAGUUUCUGGAGAUGGAAGACACCCGACCUCGCUCGGUCCAGAGAACAGGCUCAAGAGUGAGCGAGCGGUUCGGAUCGACUUCAAGCCGCCGACGCAAGGCAGAGAUGGCGAAUCAGCUGGUUUGGCGCGAGGGUAUCCAGAUUCGAGAUGAUGAAAGCUUUGACGAGCCCCGUGUCGCCACUCCGCCAGCAGUACCUACGCCGGCAGGGACCACCGUUCCGGCCUCGCCCGUUCCAGGAAUUGAAGCGUUAAUCUGGGACAGCUUUGCUCCGAAAACAGAAGGCGAUCGACUGGACCAACUACUGCGCUAUGUAGGACAGCAACAUUCGGAUUGUCUUUUCGACGGCAAGACCCCUCUGAACCAACUCAACAAUGGGAUGGCGUUGUCAACUGAGCCCAGAACGCCUGCUCAAGUCGGCGGUCAUGGACUAGGACACAACGGACUCAACAGGCGCACGACGAUCGAUUUUGAGCUGGAUCGACAUGUUCAGGAGGAGAGCUAUUAUACCCGGAUCUCUGAUCCUCAAUCCCGUGCCUGGUACGACAAACUGGUGGAGCUUCGAUCGAGUUUGAUUCAGGAGGACGACGCUGUGGAAGAGUACCAUGGAUCCAACACUCUUAUGUCAUUAGUCGUCAACUCCAACUGGAACGGUUCGGAGGACGCAGAUGGACCCACGCCAAAGAUCUUUGAGAGGGACGCCAGUCACGCCGCGCUGUAUGAGCAGGCGAAGCAAAACUCCAACAGAAGAAUCAAACAUGACAACCUGGACGAGAUUCAUGCAGAGGCGAUGCGACGUGAGGAUCGGGGAGUACUGGAGGCAGAUGGAUCAACUCUGCCUGGGUCGCUGAAAGACGGUUUCCCUUCUCAACAACAGCGAGAAGCAGCAGGGACAGAGGCGACCAGGCGUAGGGAGGAUGCAUUCAGCAUGGCCAAGGCGUUCCAAUUGGCGUUGCCCCCAGAAGCCGAGCGACCCUUGGAUAGCUACCAACAUAGCCGCCUGCUUUUGAGCCACUUGGGACUGCUGUGCUUUGACCGAUUCCAAGAACACAACUUUGUCCUCUUGAAUCCCUCUGCCUCGCUUGAGAGGGACCUGAAAAGUCUGGACAAGAAGUCCGGACGCGAGACAUUCAAAAUUGCGGUGCUUUAUGUGGCCGCAGGACAGGAGGGCGAGCAAGCGAUCUUGCACAACUCCAAGGGCAGUGCAGCCUACAAUCGCUUUGUCCAGGAUCUCGGAUGGGAGGUGGAGUUGGCUGAGCAUUCAGGAUAUAUGGGCGGACUUGAGCGCAAUGGGUCCAAUGGUCGCACGGCCAUGUACUACAGCUCUUCGACACUCGAAGUUCUCUUCCACGAAGUCGUCAGGAUGCCAACUGACCCCGAUGACGCCCGCCAAGUCAAGAAGAAACGCCAUGUUGGAAACGACCAUGUGCACAUUGUGUGGUCUGAGCACUCACGGGCGUACGACCGCAACACUAUCGGGGGCGAUUUCGGAAACGUCAUUAUUGUACUGUCACCUGUCCGGGAGCUCUCAGUGGACGAGGAGGGCAUCACCCAGAGCCCAUCUUCUCGCUCGGGUGCAAACCUGGUCUCGGUCGAGGUGAUUCGAGACAUGAACCUGCCAGUCUUUGGACCUCUGGUCGAUAGUAUGGUUGUCCCCAUGUCGCAGUUGGGACGAUUGGUUCGUCAGACUGCAAUCCAUGCCGCCAGACUGGCGACUGCCCCUCCUCCCUUGCCCCCUACACCUCCUUCUGCAGGGUUCUCGACUUCGAAUGCGAGCGGGAACAGUAUUAAUAUAGGCAAUGGAGGAAUUGGAGGAGGAGGCCUGACUGGAGCUGGAGGGUUGCACCAUCGAUCGAGUAUCUAUCAUACGCAAGGAAGUGGGUCGAAUUCUGGGGGCAUCAGCUCGGCCAUGCAAGGACACCAGUACCAUCAGUCGAACUUGGGGGUUCCGCCUGGAAGUAGCGCUGGAGGAUCGAGCCCCUUGGGCGGUGGUGGCGGCAGUGGGUCAAGUCUCACGGGUGGUACAGGACUUGGAGCAGGUAUUGGCAGCACGGGUGGGAUUAUGGCGACCUUGGCGGCAACCGCCACGGCCACAUCGGCAGCCCUUCUGGGACCCAAUGUUGGCAACGGACCGAAUGGAGCCUCAGCAUCGUCGCUGGUCAGCAACUCUGGAAGCACGCAUGGUAGUAAUGGCAGUCAGUCGGGAAGUGGAGGAGGAUCCGGUCCUGGCGCGAAUGGGGCCUAUGCCAACGGUGGCAAUGGAGCUGGUGCCACUGCGGCUUCGAUGGUGGCCGCGGGUCAUGGUAUUGGAGCGGGGGCUAGCCUGACGAGCAACUCGUCUCUGCAACUCCAGGCUGCUAUGCAACAACAGCAGCAGCAACAGCAGCAACAACAGCAGCAGCCACAACAGCAGAUGCAGUCAGGACAAGUGGUCUCCCAAUCGUUGCCGGUCCCUGCCUUGACGGCAACAUCGUCUUCGAAUGCGGUAUCCUCAACAGCAGUAUCGUCCUUCUCGGCAGCGUUGCUUCACCAUGGAGCGCACAGUGUCCACCCGUUCAAACAGAGAGCGUUGUCGAUUGAACAGAUUGCGAGACGCCACAAGGUUGAGAAGUGGACAUUCCAGCAGUUUAUGGAGCAGGUCUUUGGGUACUCGACUCACCUCCAUCCUCACCCUUCUCGCAAGCGUUAA